AUCCCGGAAUCUGAGGCGCUGCGUUACGAUUGGUCGGAAGAAGAAGCGGCGCAACGCCCAACGGGGAAGAAGGCGGAGACCGUCGGCGGGAAAUUAAAAUGGCGUUGAUCGCCUUCCAACAACUGAGGGAUUUGGUCGAGGCCCAGCAGGUGUUGCUGGACGGGCUGAGGCGGCAGAUAGCAGUACAGGAAGAGAAUUCAGUCAGCAAGGUAGAAUAUGAAGCUAUUGUAAAAAAAUUAGAGAAAGAAGAGGAAGAACACACAGUGACAAAGACUAAUCUAGCUAAGGUGUCAGAACAGUUGGAGUUUGCUCUUGGAGAGAUUGAUAUCCUUUCAAAGCAUCUUGAGAGAGAAAAACAAGCAUUUGACAGCGCACUUUCUCGUGUAAACCACAGAGUGCUAAAGCAAUCCAUCCAAAAAGACAAGUUGAUAAGCAAAUGCUCUGAAAUUGAGACUCACAUUCAGAGACAGGAAGAUAUUUUAAACUUCAAAGAGAACGAGAUUAAAGAGCUACAGCAUUUCAUCAAUAAGCAAAAACAAACAUUAAAGAAACAAGCAUCUGAGUUCAAGAUAGAAAAACAACAGGAAAAUUACAUAUCAGAAGUGCUUGGGAAAAAGAACAAGAAAGGUUUCAAAUAACAAUAUAUGCAUUUUAAAAAGUUGAUUUCAUAUUCCAUUUUUAAAGCAAGGAUAUGGGAGAGCCUAAGGAUCCAAAAUACUAAUAUAUUUUCUGCCUGCCAAAAUAAAUGAGAAUUUUGUGUGGAAAACUGUGAGCAAAUGGAUAACUGCAAAAACAGAAGUAGUCCCAGUCCCUUCCGUUUCUUGAGUCAUCUUUGGUACAAGUGGAAUAUGCUAAACAGAUUCUGAAAUGAAGUGCUGGUUAUUCAGCCCCCUUCCACACAGCUGAAUAAAAUUCCACAUUAUCUGCUUUUAACUGGGUUAUAUGGCAGUGUGGACUCAGAUAACCCAGGUCAAAGCAGAUAUUGUGGGAUUUUCUGCCUUGAUAUUCUGGGUUAUAUGGCUGUGUGGAAGGGCCCUCAGUUGGAAGAAAGAGGCAUUCAGCAUACACUCAAGAGCAUUUAUAAUUUAUUCUGUGAUUGUGCUUGAGCCUUGCAAACCUAUACAUACUUCCUAAGGUGUAAUCCCUUUUGAACACAAUGGGCCUUCUGAGUAAGCAUACACUGGAAUAUAUUGUUAGAAUAUUUUUAAUAGAAGGAAAAGAGCCUGUCACUGAAUGUAGUUUUUAUUAAAUAUGUCUGUGUGUUUUUAGUUAUUAGCAGUAUAUAUUUAUUCCUUCAAAAUUGAGUUUUUAUAAUGACAUAACAUUUUUAGUCUCCAGUUUUAGAGCUGGAAACAUCCCAUUCUACAUACAGUAUUUUUUUUUAUUCUAAGACAUCAUCGAUUGUAAGAUGCACACUAAUUUCAGUACCACCAACAGAAAAAAGCUUUAUUUUUAUAUAUAAAAAGUACCCGUCAUUUAAGACUUACACCAAUUUUAGAAAUGUUUAGUUAGUGAAAAGGUGCAUCUUAGAAUUGAAGAAAUACUUUAUUGAUUUCUAUGGUGUUAGGUAUGUAGAAUCUAUGUACCUAGAGUGUUGUUCUCUGUUGUGGUAUUAUUAGCAAGAUCUUUUAUGUUGUUGUAAUUCUUUGAACUUACAGAAAGUAAUUCUGUACUCAUGUGUACAUACACUAUGAAACAGAUGUUAAUAGCAUAUUCCUGUUUUCCCAAAAUCAGUUAAAAAAAUAUGUAUUUUCCUUCUUUUUCAA